UACCAUGUAUAAAUUAUUAGUCGCCGUAUUAACCAUGCUUCGAGAUCGUCCUCUCGUCCACCAAUUUGUACAGAUUCGCGGCAUCAAGUACUCUUUAGGCGAAUUACACGUACCUUCGACUAGUUUCUCUCAUGAGCUGCAAUAUACUCUUCAGUCGGAGAGUAGCUUUGCAAGCAUCGGAAAGCAUUCCAAUCUGGUCAAGCGGCAUCGUAGGUGGUUUUCGCGGCAUGAUAAAAGCAAACGCCUAUUUUUCAAUUAUCUGCUACUUGAUUCCCGCAUUACCGAUGGACUGAGAAAUCCAAGAGCCAAGUACUUGCACAAGGUCGACGUGUGGCUCACAUUUCUUCGCUCCAUUUUCUAUGUGGGCAAGGGAAAGGCGGCGCGUCCAUACGUUCACUUAUAUCAAGCCCAUAAGCUAUUGCGCUCUGCCAAUCCAGUCAUACUGGCUAAGGAUCCCAAGCUGGCACUUAUUGUACAUCUUUGGCAGCAGAACCGUGGCGUUGUAUUAUUGCGCAGCUUUAGUGGCAUCUCAUCAAAUGACGCACACACCCGUGAGGCAGCUAUGAUCGAUGCCUUGGGCAUUAAUCAUUUGACCAACCGACGAGUGGGCGUCUACUUCGGUGUGGCCCGCAGCAAAUUUACAAAGGAGCAGCGUAGACUGAUGGGAGUAUUAUUGCUCUACAGGCUGCUAAUGGUCUACCUAAAGAAUGAGGAGUGCGAACUGAGACCUGAGAUUGUUUCCCUUAAGCAUAUAUGCCAUCAGUGAACGGCUCGCUCUGCCCUGCCCGCCCAGUAAUGAGCAAGGUGGUAAGUUUGACUUUUCGCACGUACUGGACUU